AAAGAACAUGGGCUUUUAUGGCAUUGUAAUUUUCUCUCCAAAACCUCACUGUGGCCUCCAUAAUAGAGAAGCUUUGAAGCUUGCUGUUGAACCCCAGAACACAAUAAAGAAAAUAGGAAGAAGGGCAAAAUAGGCACAUAAAAAGAUAUGAAGAUAGAAGAAGUACAAUCAACAACAAAGAAUAUAAGAAUUGCUACUCAUACUCACAUUAAAGGCCUUGGUCUUGAGCCCAAUGGGAGACCAAUACGAUUGGCAGCUGGGUUUGUGGGUCAGGCAGCAGCCAGAGAAGCUUCAGGACUUAUAGUUGAUAUGAUACGCCAAAAGAAGUUGGCUGGUAAGGCUGUUCUGCUAGCUGGUCCGCCUGGUACAGGGAAGACAGCUCUUGCACUUGCUAUAUCACAAGAACUUGGAAGCAAGGUUCCAUUUUGCCCAAUGGUUGGAUCCGAAGUGUAUUCAUCAGAAGUGAAAAAAACUGAGGUCUUAAUGGAAAAUUUCCGCCGAGCUAUUGGUCUCCGUAUCAAGGAAAAUAAGGAAGUUUAUGAAGGAGAGGUGACUGAACUAUCUCCAGAAGAGGGUGAGAGCGUGACUGGUGGAUAUGGUAAAAGCAUUAGCUUUGUUAUAAUUGGGUUGAAAACUGUCAAAGGUACCAAACAGUUGAAGCUCGACCCCACGAUAUAUGAUGCCUUAAUUAAAGAGAAGGUAGCUGUUGGUGAUGUCAUUUACAUUGAAUCAAACAGUGGAGCAGUUAAAAGGGUGGGGAGGAGUGAUGCUUUCGCCACGGAAUUUGAUCUUGAGGCAGAGGAGUAUGUUCCACUUCCUAAAGGAGAGGUUCACAAGAAGAAGGAAAUAGUCCAGGAUGUUACAUUGCAUGACCUUGAUGCUGCAAAUGCACGGCCACAAGGAGGACAAGAUAUAUUGUCACUUAUGGGUCAAAUGAUGAAACCUAGGAAAACCGAGAUUACUGACAAGUUGCGGCAAGAGAUAAACAAGGUUGUCAAUCGUUACGUUGACGAAGGUGUUGCAGAACUUGUUCCCGGUGUCUUAUUUAUUGAUGAGGUUCAUAUGCUUGAUAUGGAAUGCUUUUCCUACUUGAAUCGUGCCUUGGAGAGUUCAGUGUCUCCAAUCGUGAUUUUUGCCACUAACAGAGGCAUUUGUACUGUCAGAGGAACAGAUAUGACUAGUCCACAUGGCAUUCCAGUUGACUUGUUAGAUCGAUUGGUGAUUGUCAGAACUGAAACUUAUGGUCCAGCGGAAAUGAUACAGAUAUUAGCCAUACGUGCUCAGGUCGAGGGACUAGAAAUAGAUGAAGAGAGCCUUGCUUACUUGGGAGAGAUUGGACAACGAGCUUCCUUAAGGCAUGCUGUUCAACUGCUAUCGCCAGCUAGUGUGGUCGCCAAAAUGAAUGGUCGUGACAAAAUCUGCAAGGUGGAUCUCGACGAAGUGAACUCGUUGUACCUGGAUGCAAAGUCUUCCGCGAGACUUCUUCAGGAGCAGCAGGAUCGAUACAUCUCUUGAUGAAUUCUGGAGUAGUAAUAUAUCCAACAGAGUAUGAACCUGCUAUAAAUGCACAUAUGCUGCAGCAUUCUUGCACUAAUGGUUACAUCGAAAGGACAACUUAGUGCACAAAGCAUCCUGCGUUCCCGCUGGGUUCAUCGGAACGGCACAUUCCAAGGGUGUGUAAUUGUAGACAGUCUAAUCUAAUGCAAGCAUUUCAUUUUUGUUAUUAAUAUUACCAUCACUAUUAUGGCAGGUAAAAUUUGUUAUCAAGUGCAACAUUUGUUCUUUUCUACAACAGUCUAAAUGCAUACAGCUAUUGUUCGUCUUUA